AUGAAGUCGUUCCGCGUCGCGGUGAGUUCGAGCGCUAUGGCCGCGCUGGCCCUGCAGGCCGCCUCUGGUGUGCAGGCUGAGGACAGGGGCACGUUUGUGCCGUCCCAGAUCCAGGGUCUCUUUGUUGAGCAGUUUACGCCAGGCUGGGAAUCGCGCUGGACGCCGUCCAAGGCGAGCAAGUUCCAGAACGGCAACGAGGAGUUCAAGUACGAGGGCGUCUGGUCCGUUGAGGAGGCGUCCGUGUUCCCUGGUAUUCCUGGUGACACGGCGCUGACCAUGAAGAGCAAGGCCCGUCAACACGCGAUCAGCACGAUCUUUGACCAACCGAUCGAGCUCGAUGGUCAGAAGCCCUUUGUCGUGCAGUACGAGGUCAAGAUGCAGAACGGUCUUUCGUGCGGUGGUGCCUACGUCAAGCUGCUCAGCAGCAGCGAAAGCGACCUCAACCCUGAAAAGUUUGGCGACUCGACGCCCUACUCUAUCAUGUUUGGUCCUGACCGCUGUGGUGCUGACAACAAGCUGCACUUUAUCUUCCGGCACAAGAACCCCAAGACGGGCGUGUUCGAGGAGAAGCACCUCAAGCUGCCGCCAAGCGCCAAGGUGUCGAAGGUCUCGACGCUGUACACGCUCAUUGUGAGCCCCGACAACACGUUUGACAUCCGCGUGAACGAAGAGUCGGUGCUCAAGGGCCACCUGCUCGAGGACUUUUCGCCGGCCGUCAACCCGCCCAAGGAGAUUGACGACCCCGAGGACACCAAGCCCGCCGACUGGGUCGACGAGGCCGAGAUCCCCGAUCCCAACGCCAGCAAGCCCGACGACUGGGACGAGGAGGCACCUUUGAUGAUUCGUGACCCUGCGGCUAAGAAGCCAGCUGACUGGCUGGAAGAGGAGCCGUUUAUGGUGCCAGACCCCAACGCCGCCAAGCCUGAGGAGUGGGACGACGCCGAGGAUGGCGAGUGGAUGGCGCCGCCCGUGCCAAACCCCAAGUGUGAGGACGUGUCGGGCUGUGGUCCGUGGACCGCGCCCAUGGUCGCGAACCCUGCGUACAAGGGCAAGUGGACGGCGCCGCUGAUUCCUAACCCCGCCUACAAGGGCGAGUGGGCACCGCGCAAGAUCGCCAACCCCAACUGGUUUGAGGAUCUGCACCCGAACAAGUUUGCCCCGAUUGGCGGUAUCGGUUUUGAGCUGUGGACGAUGGAUGACGAUAUCCAGUUUGACAACAUCUACGUGGGAACCAGUCCCGAGGAGGCGGCCAAGUUUGCCGAUGAGACGUUCCGCGUGAAGCUUCCACUCGAGCAGAACCGCGAGAAGGAUGAGCUCAGCAGGGACGAGAAUGGCAACAAGCGCGAGGCGCCUCUGUCGGGUCUGGACCACUUUGUCCAGCAGAUCCGCCGCCGCACGAACGUGCUUGUCGACCGUCUCGCGACCGAGCAGGACAAGCUGCGUGUGCUGCAGCAGUCGUCUGAUAUUGUCGGCUUCUACGCCGCCGUCGUGGCUGUGCUCCUAGGCCUUGUGGGCCUGCUGACGUCGCUGCUUGGCGGCGGCGCCCGCGCUCGCCCCGCUGUGCCGCCCAAGAAGACAGAGUCGGCUUCGCGUACGACGCAGGCAGAGCAGGGCACGUCAUCGGCCGUCAAGGCCUCGGGCGUGACCAAGCGCGCGCCCGUUGAGACCAAGGACACGGCCGCCAUGCACUAG